UUCCCCGGGUCGCUGUCGGGCUCGGGCCUCGCCCUCUCUUCCACUCUCGGCCACUUCCGUCCCGGGAACGUCCCCCACCGCGGGAGGAGUCGUGGGCGCACGCUCUAUGGUUUCGGGGACUUCAGGAAGCUGCUCUGGCCCCGGCUCUCGAUGCUCAGGAGCCUGUCGAAGAUAUGCAGCUCCACCCCGGCAGGAAGCAAGGCUUGGGGCGAAGGCGGAGGCGGAUCCCCAGAAUCCCCGCCCUCGGGUUGUGAGGAAGCAAGUGGGACAUCCCCAUAAUUUGCAUAGCCCCUGGGACGUGGCGCGGCGGGCGGGCCACUUCCGAGUUGGUGAGAACUCCAAAUUCCAAAAUGCCGUGGGACUAAACGUCACUUCCGUUGUGUUGGAGGCACUAUACUAUUUAGGCUGGGAGGCAGGUCUUGUUUGACGCCAUCCCCUCGCUGGCUGUUUAUGCGGAAGAGGGGCCAGAUGGCCCAAAUGGACCUGGCGUUGGACCCUGAUGACCAGGACCUGCUGGGUUUCCUACUAGAGGAAAGCGGACAUUUGGGGAGUGCGCCCGGUGAAGCUCAGGAGGCUCCGCUGGACUGGGAGCUGCCCUCCUCCCAGAAUUUUGUGCAAGAACUGAACGACUGGGAGGUAGAGAAUUUGCUGAAUGCCCUGCUGAGUCCUCCACCAUCGUUGGACAUUCUGAACUCCUCUAACAUCUGUCCUGUCCACCAUGAUCACACCUACUCUCUUCCACAUGGACAUGUCUCCAUAGAUUUAGAUAGUGGGAGCUGUGGAAAGGAGAGGGCCCACAUGACUCCACCGAAUUUGGAGGAGCCCCUAGAGCAGGAGUCUGCCAAGCUGAUACUGACAGAGGAGGAGGAGAGGCUAUUGGAGAAGGAGGGGCUUGCUCUGUCUGGAACACUUCCUCUCACUAAGAUGGAGGAACAAGUUCUGAAACGAGUACGGAGGAAAAUUAGAAACAAGAGGUCUGCUCAGGAGAGCCGAAGGAAGAAGAAGGUGUAUUUGGGGGGUUUGGAGAGCAGGGUCUUGAAAUAUACAGCUCAGAACCUGGAGUUACAGAACAAAGUACAGCUUCUGGAGGAAGAGAAUCUGUCCCUUCUAGAUCAAGUGAGGAAACUCCAGGCCAUGGUAAUUGAGAUAUCAAACAAAACCAGCAGCAGCAGCACCUGUGUCCUGGUCCUACUAUGCUCUUUCUGCCUCCUCUUUGUACCUGCUAUGUACUCCUCUGACACAAGGGGUAGCCUGCCAGCUGAGCAUGUUGUGUUGUCCCGCCAGCUUCGUGCCCUCCCCAGUGAGGACCCUCACCAGCCAGAGCUGCCUGUUCUGCAGUCAGCAGUACCAGUGGACAGCAUAAAUCAGUUGCUGGACAGUUCCAACCUUGCGCUGCAGGCCCCUGGCAACUGUUCCUGCCUGUUGCACCACAUGCCUCAGCCUUCUCAGGCUGAGCCUCUCCAGUAUCAGCCACUCCUUAACCUCUUCUCAGAGCCCCCCUGCCCAGUUCUCAUGCUUCACCUGCAGGCAAAUCUCACAAGAAAGAAGUCUGUCAUCUUGCAGAGCAGAUACUCAGGUUAGACUAGAGGAUAUAAGUUAUCUCAGCUAUAGCUGAAGCACCCCUUCUCAUCUGUGUCCAAAUAGAAAGGAACAGGAGAGUUGGCCUUCAUUCCUGUGGCAUUAGGAUGCCUGACCAGUCAAACACAUACAUCCUGGCUUUGUGGGUCUUUUAUUUGUACGCGUGUGUGUCUAUCUCAUGAAUGGAGCUGAGGAAAUCAACUGACUUCCUCCAACAUUUCAUACAG